CUUGCAGUCCCUUCAUUCAGACAGCCAGAUGUUACGCCAGACCUGUGAGAAGAAAGAGGAAAGACAUCCCCAGCCAUUUGGAUGAUCUCCCUCCAACAAUGCUCAAGAAAGAUUAUGCCAAUGUCCCGAUAAUCAAUAGUGUUGACGAUGUAGUGAGAAGACUGUUGUCACUGGAAAUGGCAAGCCAGAAGGAGAAGAUGAAAGUAAAGACACAGCAGCUGGUGGAGAAGGUCAGGAGGUCUCCCAACGACAAUGGCUCCUUUGAGGUGCAAGUCGCGAUGUUGACUGCCAAGAUACGCACCUACGAGGAGCAUCUCCAGAGGCAUCCCAAGGACAAAAAUAACCGUCGCCGCAUGCUGAUGGACAUAGACCGCCGGAAGAAGCUGCUGGCGUAUCUCCGCCGCGUCCGCUACGACACCUUUGAGAACACCUGCAAGCAGCUGAACAUCCAGUACACCCCGCGCCCGCCCUACACCCGGAGGAUCACCAAGCGCUGGGUGGUGAAGAAGGCCUUCUGCAUCAAGGUUUUUCAGGAGGUGCGGAAGCUGAAGGCGCAGGAGAGGCUGAAGCAGCGAAGAGAGCAGCAAGCAAAAGCUGCGAAGGAGCAGGAGGCGCAGGGCGAGGGGACGCCGGUGUAG